AUGGGGGGCUGGACAUCAAAACCUGAGGCCGCCGCGCUCCAUGAUGUGGACCCGCUCUGCAUAGCGGAGACAGAUGGUCAUGAAUGCCAAACUGAAUCAAAAUCAAGUAAUGGAUCUGAACAGGUGGCUGGAGAAAGCGGGGACAGUAAAGCUAAUGGCAGUGAUGAUGAGGAGCAGAAUACGGAUGAUGCAGACAAUGAAGAUACGUUCUAUAAGUUUGUGAUCCUGCAUGCACAGAAUGACACAGACGAAGCCCUCAGACUUUUAAACCUACUGGAGAGUCCAGGCUCAGCCUGGACUAUCCUUCUCCUGACAGAAGACUUUUUGAGUGAAGCCUGGUGUAAAUUCCAAUCAUACAUCACACUGAUGAACUCCUUGAACAAGCAGCAUAAAUAUAACACUGUGAUUCCAGUGAGAAUUCUCAAUAACCCGCUUCCUCACAAAAUGACCCCUUUGGUCAUACAAGCCAUCAAUGCACUGGAGGAAGGAAACCCUGCCUUUGAUAGGCAGGUGAACCUGACUUUUCAGGAUUCUACAUACGAGCAACAAAGAACUAUAUGGCACAGGGAGAGAAAACUGAAGCAACAAGGAAUAUCAGCGUUCAAUGGAAAUAAGACAAACAAAUCAAGGGCUGAGGAAGGCUAA